AUGGCUUCCAGCAGGGCUCUCUGCCACUUCCUGCUCCUGCCACUCUGGCUGAGUGCUGCCGCCGUCGCUGGGGGGAGAGGAGCGCCAGGCUGUCGGAUCCGAGUGACCGCCAAGGGCUUGGAGCUGGUGAAGCAGGAGGGGCUGCGCUUUGUGGAGCAGGAGCUGGAGAACAUCACCCUGGGCGACCUGCAUGGCAAGGAGGGCCAGUUCCACUACAACAUCAGCAACGUGCGGGUGACGCACCUGCAGAUGGUCAACUCGGACCUGCGCUUCCAGCCCAGACAGCACCUGGCCUUCGACAUCCGGAAUGCCUCCAUCAGCCUGCGCUUCCGGCGCCAGAUUCUCUACUGGUUCUUCUACGACAUCGGCUCCAUCAACACUUCCGCAGAUGGGGUUCACAUUCACACAGCGCUGGAACUGGCCAAGGAUGCUGCUGGGCGCCUGAAGAUCUCCAACACCAGCUGCAACGCCUCCAUCGGCCGCAUGCAUGCAGGAUUCAGUGGCACGCUCAGAAAGGUGUAUGAGUUCCUGGCCACCUUCAUCACCAGCGGCAUGCGCUUCCUCCUCAACCAGCAGAUCUGCCCGGUGCUCAACCACGCAGGGUUGGUGUUGCUGAACUCGGUUCUGGACACGGUGCCCGUGCGCAACCCAGCGGACGAUUACAUUGGGAUCGACUACUCCCUCCUGAAGGAUCCCGUAAUCACCUCUGACACCAUGGACUUGGACUUUAAGGGCUCCUUCUUCCCCCUGGGGGAUGAAAACAAGACCCUCCCCAACCUGGCCACGGAGCCUCUCGUCAAGGAGACGGAGCGCAUGGUGUACGUGGCGCUCUCCGAGUACUUCUUCGAAUCCGCCCUGUUUGCCUACUACCAUGCCGGGGUUCUGAACAUGGAGCUUGCUGGUGAACAGGUGCCCAAAGACUUGGACGUCCUGUUGAGAGCCUCCUUUUUUGGGAGCAUCUUACUCAUGAACCCCUCCGUGGUUGAUGCACCCCUGCUGCUGCAGCUGCAAGUGACGGCUCCCCCCACCUGCGUCAUCAAGCCCUCCAGCACCACCGUCUCCGUCUCGGCCACCCUGGGCAUCUUCUUGGUGCCCCCCAACGAACCCCUCGUCCAGCUUACCAGCAUGACUAUGGACGCACGGCUGAACGCCAAGGUGACCAUGCACAAGAAGGCCCUGCAGGUCCAGCUGGACCUGAGAAGGUUCCGGAUCUCCUCCAACCAGUCGGCCCUGGAGUCCCUGGCGCUGAUCCCCCUCCAAGGGCCUCUGAAGACGCUGCUGCAGCUGGCCAUUAUGCCCCUCAUCAAUGAAAAGAUGAAGAGGGGCGUCCAGGUCCCCCUCCCGGAAGGCAUGGACUUCACCAAGGAGGUGGUCACCAACCACAUGGGCUACCUGACCAUAGAGGCAGACCUCCACUUCUCCAAAGGCCUGAAGGAAGUCAUCGAGAAGUACCGGGCAGCGUCCAGCCGCAGACCAGCCCCUCGGGCAGCCUGAGUGCCCCCCCUCUUGUGGAAGGGCAGAGGCCCCCUGGCCUGCCUCCUCCGGAGAGCUCCCCUCUGUCCCAACCCCAAACGGGCUGCAAAGCAGGGCCAAUAAACAGCUCUCCUUU